GCUCAAUGUAAUUAUAUUUUUUGUUGCUGCUUCAGUCAUUGUUUGCCAGGAAUGGUCCUUUGAACCUUAGCACAAUUUCUGUCAGUGAAGCAUGAAAGCCAUGUACUACAAGGGACAUUAUAGUUUUAGACCAUGUUUAAUGUGAUCAGAUUACAGAAAAUGCACAGGACGACCUGUAUUCUUUACCUUACUGCUUUCUGCUCCUCAAGGCCCAACUGAAGACAAUCCGUGUGAUCCUUAGUCAAGAAGCAUGACUGGGGUGCAUAUAUUAGCUUUGAUAUUGUGUAUAUCUGGCACUGGAGCAGUUAUUGGUGCAGUUAUAUCAAAUGAGUGGAAGGUGACAAGCCGUGCUACCUCUGUAAUUACCGCUACUUGGGUCUUUCAGGGCUUGUGGAUGAACUGUGCAGGAAAUGCUCUUGGGUCAUACCACUGUAGACCCCACUUGACCCUCUUCAGAGUUGAAGGUAAGAACAGAUCUGUGCCCUUCUGUACAAGUACAAGUUUGAAGACAGUUUUGCUAACCAAUAUCCGUUGAAUCUACAUAUUGCAAUCUUUGUAAUUUAUGCAAAAAUAAAAAUUCCCAGCGUAUCAUAAUUACUUCUUUCUGACAAUAUAUUUCAAUAGGUUCAGAUUUCCACUCAUUGUAAUAGUAUUUCUACCAAUUACAUAGAAUUUAAAGUACAAAAGUAUAUUAAAAAGAAAAUUAUAGAAGAUAUUCUAUGUAUGCAUGUUCAGGUGGUUUCAUAGACGAUAUUCUAGACACAUAUUCACAUGUGAAAAUAUCACAGAAACUAUGUAUUAUCAAAUUACUGUAAAGAAAAAAAGAAAUUAUAUUUUAUUUGAUUGAUGUUUAACAUAAUUUCUUUAAUUAAGACAGUGUUUGUAUCAACUUGUAUCAAUACUCCCAGAAUGUGUCCCUUAUGGACUGAUUAUAGCAUAAAUUAGUUUUGAUCUACCCUUAUUCCCUAAUUGCAAUACAACUUUUUUUUCUUUAUUAAUUUAGCAUUUUAUUCUUAAUUUCUUUACUUUACUCCCUUCUUUAUCUCCAUAUAUUUUUAUUGUUCUCUGUCGUGCCAACUUGCUUUGAUGAUAUUACUUAUUUUAAAAUUAUGUGGAUGUAUUACCAAAACAUGAGAUAGAAAAUAAUUUAAAGACAAUAUAUUAUUUUGAUCCACAAGGAAGCUGUCUUCUUGCCUGCAUCAACGUGUAGGUUUUCAUAAUAAAAACACAUUUGUUUCUUAAACUAAAUGGUAUAUUAAAUUUACUCUACAAAUGUAUUAUUAUUAGAUAAAGUUUAGGCUAGCAUCACUCAUCUUCUCUAUUGGCCAACGGCUACUAUAAUGGCCUAUACACUAACUCUGUAUGCAGUUUUGUUCUAGAUUAUUAUUUGUUCUGAACUGUAUUAGUUAUCUCACACUGCAAAAAAAAAAUACCAUUGCUAUUGAACUAUCUUACUUUAACAAGUCUUUGUUAGGUUUGUUUUGUACAUGCAUUCAGAACAAAAAAAAAACUUCACUUGUGACAUGUUAAUUAUUCAUACAUUUCAUUCCUAAUGCCUUGGUUUUAGAGAAUAAGAUGCUUAAUAUUAAUAAUUGUAUAAUUCUCAAGUGAAAAUUACACAAAUCCUUUUUUUGUAAUACAAAAAUUCCAAAAUCCAGUUUUAGUCUUCUUUUUACAUUGUUGGAGAUUUUACUUUUUAUGACACAUUUUUGUUUUUUUAUUUAAAUUUGUGUGUGUUUGACCAAAUUAAAAAAAGUUUAAUAAAUUGGUGAUGCAUAGUUUUGUCAUAGCAUGUUUUACAAUGUUCCAAUGAGGACAACAAAAUUACAUUAGAAAUUUUGUUCUUUUUAUCCAUCCUUCAGAAUUUCAUGUCAUUUUUUUUUUAACUUACAAAAAAUAUGUCCUACUUAUUUGAACAUCUUUCCAAAGAUAAAUACACAAUAUAAAUUAUAAUCAUCUAGUUUUCAUACAUAAACUGAACAUUGCACAUUUUAAUGAAUCUCUUCCAACAAUCGGUUAUUAAACUAAUGUCUGAAAAAAGUUCAAAUAAUUAUUUGUGCUUGUCUAAGAAUAUCAUAAGAAAAAUGUGUUCUGUUGAGAAAAUGAUAUGGAAUAUUUUUUAAAUAGUCAAUGAACAUUAUUUAGUUGUAUCUACUAUGUUUUGCGCACAGAAGCUGGUGUAAAACUGUUAUCAUGUAGUAAAUGUAUCAGAUAUUUAGGUGAUUGAAGAAAACCUAUAUGAGUUAACCGAAUAUAUACAAUUUAAAAAAAAAAAAAAACAGGCUCCCAGCUAAUAUACAAACUAGACACUGAACUAAAUUCCCAUGCCUUUAUACUUAUUGCAAAAACUCACUGUAGGAUUUGUUUAUCCUUAAAAACAGAUCACUGUCGAUCAGAAUACAUGAAGGAAAAUAUAUGAAUAAGAACUGUACUAAAAAGUAAAAUAUCUUUCAAAUGUUCUAUUAGAAAGUUAAUGUGAUACAUAGAAUAAAUGCAGUCAUAGUCACAAUUAACAGCAAAUUUGUUGUUGAAAUGUACCUGAAGAGAAAUAAACGUUUUUCACAACGGUAGGUUUAGUAAUUAGGACUCAUAUAACUCCACAUGGAGAGUUAGAACUGACACAGACUCUCCAUUAUAUGGCGUUGGUUUAUACAGGAAAAGAGGGCUUUUCUCAAAGUUAGAGAUGAAUGAUAUAUCAGGACAAAACUGUCUAGAACAGGAAUACAAUUACAAAUGUAGGAUAAUUAACACAUGUGCCACACUAACAAAGACAUACGGAGAUAUUACAUUCUAUCAUACAUAACAGACACUAACCACACCAACUGCUAACAUUGUUAAACAUGAAUAUAUAAAGUAUACAUAGCAACUGUAGGGUUUCAGCUUUGUUUGAAUGACUGGCAGCAGACACUCGCCUUGUUGCUCUCUCUCAAAUCUCCCAGUCAUAUACAGUACCUGUGCAUGGUAAGAGAAUGGAGGAAAAUACAUGACAGUUCGCCAACCAUUGAUCAGUAUGUAGAUCUUCAUCACUUUGUGCAUAGAAUUUAAUUAAUUGAAAAUUAUAAGAAAGAACAAAAGAAAGAAAAAGCACAUGUUUGUAUCCUGGGGUUCACAAGUAAGACUCAUUUUUAAUGAAAGCAUAAACAUUUUGUGACCAUGUCAGUUUUUUUAAUGUAAUAUGCCCUGUGUAUAUAAUGAAGUUAAAAGAACGUCUGUUUGCCAAGUGCUCUUACCACGUACAGUGAUGCAUUAGAAAAUGGCAGUCAGGUCAUGGAUUCUUGAUGAGUCUUUAGGGCUUCCCCCAACAGGUAGUGCUAAGCAGACUGGUGCAGACUUGGUUCAUGGAGAAUGUAGCCCAUGGAUCAGCACAGCUAGGGUAGUGGGCCUUGACAGAGCCAGGAGGUAGGCAUAACAGCCAUAGGAAGUCUGAGUGAAAGCUAACAACCUGGGUGGGGCGAAGCCACGAUGAGAGUAUUUAUACCAGCCAUCUUAUGAAGUGGCCAUUUUAACUGAACCUAAACUUACCUGUCAGUUGUCUCUCAGGUGUUCGAGUGGCAGUAAGGGAACGCGGCAUUGCGUGGUUUCAGGAGCGGAUGGGCCCGCGGUGGGUUUGGAGCAACGGUCUACACGGAGGACGAGGCCCCCGUAAGGUCUAAGCAGGGAGUGCCGCCAGGCCUGGGACCAACACUGGAGACGCUCCUGCUUUAUUCAGUGAGUUUGCCCCCACGAGCCUUGUAUCCGUUGGUGGUGUGGGGCAGGACUUGGGUGCCCAGGGGCACGGAAGGGAACGGGCCGUGCGGGGUCCAGGCGGCAGGAGGGAAUCUAGUACAGCCCCGGCUGUGGUGAAGGCCACUGUCACAGGUGGGGCUAAGGCAGCACGGGCAGCGGCUGGCUCAAGCAGUAAGGCAGGGAUAAGUCUCCUGAUAGGCAGGAGAGGAGUUCAGAUAGCGGGGAUGCAGCCCAGACUGGGCCUGGACAGUGCAGUACGGUCCGCACAGUGUCUGGUGGGGGAGAAGGCAUACGGCUGCAUGGAACCGGGGAGGUGGAGGAGCCGGAUUGGAGGAGUCAUGCAGUCAGGGAGCACAGGGAGCACCGCUGUAGGACACAGGACAGCAGGUCACCGGGAGUCCCAGGCCAGGCAAAUCUUCGGAGAGGUACCGGGGAUAGGAUAGACGGUCCACAGCAGAUUGGCGCAGCAGAGAUAGGACCCCUUAUAGGAGGCAUUACAGCAGAGGGCGUUCAACUUCAUCCGAGCAUAGGGUGAGGAGCCGGAGCAGGGCUUACAGGUCACCUGACAGGAGGUAUUGGAAGGAUAGGCCUACCCCAUACCGCAAGUCGGGCCAGGCAGCCGGAUGUUUUGAGGAUAUAGAUCAUGGUCGGGAACGUGGGGAGGCUGGACGGGUGGGGGCUCCGAAGAGCAGACUACCCAGGUUGUCUUCUCCCCGCAGGUCAGCAACUCCCUCUUCUAAGGUCCUGAGGCAGGACCAGACGGCUGGAUGCAGAAGUUAUGGCGCUACUCCUGAACCUCGCGAGGUGGAUGGAAGGAUGGCGGCUCCAUGGUCUUCGAUGAAAGGGGGUCCUGGCGGUGAGUCUUCUUCUGUACUACACUCUGGGAAUCUCUUGGAUAGCUUGAGGUUUUUUCUUAACUCUUGGGCCGGCGCAGAUACACAGGAGUCACAAUUUAGUCGGGCGUGGGGUCCGCUGCCAGGCAGGAGUGGGGUGGCGAUGACGGUUCCGGUGGCUACAGCAGACAGUGUUCAGGGCGAGACAAUGGUGCCUUCGCUUGGGUCGGGGAUGUUGGCAGCAGUUAGUGUGCGUACGGAGUUGAUGGGCCAGAUCCCCGAAGCUGCCAUGCAGAAUGUACAUGUGUCAUUUGCUGGGCCUUUGGGCUGUAAUCCCAAAUCGAAAGUGAAGGAGAAGAUUUGGCGGGGUGAUUCCUCGAGAUUUUUUUAAUUCCUUCCCCUGGAUGAAUAUAUUGAUCUGAAAGAGGAAGAUAAGAAAGAUGCCAAGAAGGAGGAGGAGGAAAAGAGGUAGGGUAUCAGACGAUACCGAAGUCUUUUGGGAACUGGCUUCGGGCAUUUUGUAUUCUAGCUAGUGUCUUAGGGGAAAGUUUCCCGAGCGGUGUUCUCAAUUUUUCUGUUAUUUGGACGGGAUAUGGGAGGCUUAUGGAGCUUAUUGGGCCUUGGCUUGGUAGAAGAACGAUGAUUAGUUCCACCAACAGUUGUCAGCUAAUCCCGGUAUGCGGUGGGACCAGAUGGACCUACUGCUUUGGAUGAAAUUGAUGAUGGCUCAGAAAACUGCGCCCUUUCAGGGCAGGGCUGGUGCGGGAUUAACCUCCUCCUUGUUGGCCAGUCAGAAGAAAGGGUUCUGUUGGUCAUUCAAUGAAGGUCAAUGCAAGUGGGGUGCCGAGUGUAAAUUUCGGCGCGAAUCUUCCGGCUGUGGGGGCGCCCACGACCUUAAUAGGUGCUUCAAGCAGGGAAAGUCUACAUCUGCCGGCGGAGCUGGGGUUCAGGCCAGUGAAGGUCGAUGUGAUGUUUCCUUGGCUAAGCCGGUACGGUAACCGGGGAGACGCACAAUUGUUGAUAGAUGGGUUUUCCAAGGGGUUUUGUAUUCCUUUUAAGGAAAGGGUUUUGGGUCGUUGGAAUGGGUGGCUCAUUCAUUUGGCAUGCCCCUGGCAUCUGACAAAACGGUGGGUCCUACCACAUUUCUCAGUUUUCUUGGGUUGGAGAUUGAUACAGUGGUGGGAGAAUGUUGGCUGCCUAGGGAUAAGUUGGCUGCACUUCGGAAGUUCAUGGCAAAAAUCCACAGGUCCAAAAAGAUUACGCUGAGAGAAUUGCAGUCUUUAAUAGGCUGUCUGAAUUUUGUGUGUAGGGUAAUCCCCAUGGGAAGGGUUUUUAGCCAUUUUCUGGCAAAGGCUACUUGUGGAAUUCGGUCUCCGCGUCACUUUGUCAGAGUGUCGCAGGCCAUGACAGAAGAUCUGUGGGUCUGGGAAUCGUUUCUGCAUGACAUCAACGGACAGGUAUUCUUUCAUGAAGUGGCAGCUUCUUCGGAGGAUAUUGAGUUGUUCGUGGAUGCUUCAGGAAGCAUAGGUUUUGGGGCAUAUUUGGAGGGCAGGUAGUGCGCUGAGCCGUGGUCUCAUUUGUAAUUUGGCGUUUCUUGAGUUGUUCCCAUAGGUGGUGGCUUUGGCUCUAUAGGGAGACGUAUUGCAGGACAAGAAAGUCAUCUUUUUUACGGACAAUAUGGCGGUGGUUCAUGCAGUUAACCACUUAUCCGCUUCUUCGGUCUCGGUGGUACGCUUAUUACGGCGAUUCGUAUUAUUUUGCAUGUCGUUUAAUAUUGUUCUUUGGGCACGUCACGUUCAUCGUCUGCUGAACAUGGUGGCUGAUUCCUUGUCUUGUUCACAGCGGGACAGGUUUCAGAUGGCGGCCCUGGGGGUGUGGGAGGAUGGACAGGCCUGUCCGGAGGUGAUGUGGCAGCUCGGAACGUCAUGCUUGGAGGAUUGAUACGGAAUUCUCUGACGCCUGGCACGUGCACUGCUUAUGUGAAGGUUUGGGAUGCCUGGGACAAGGUGGUAGGCUACACUGGGGUGUCCCAGUCAAGGGAGGGACGGUUGGAUACCUUGUUGUGGUUCCUAUGCCGCUUGUUUGCUCAGCGUUUGUCUCAAUUGGUGAUCGAGAGGAACAUGGCGGCAUUGGCGUUUCUGUUCAAGCUGAAUGGUUGGAAUGACGUGACAAAACAUUUUCUAGUUCGUCAGACAUUACGGGGUUUUCGGAGAGGUAAGAAAUCGCUCGAUACCAGGAGGCCAGUAUCUUUUGAGGUCCUGCAGCGCUUGGUGGGUGUGCUGCCGGUGGUGUGUUCCUCUCCUUUUGAGGUUAGGUUAUUCUCGGUUGCCUUCUCGUGGGCGUUCUUUGGAGCAUUUCGGAUUGUUGAACUGGGGUUGGUGGGGUUCAACAUUCAGAUGUCGAAUUACGGACCGAUAAGGUAGUGAUUUGGUUGGGCCGUACAAAAACAAAUGUGUUUGGUAAAGGUUGUGUGGUAAUGCUAUAUUCCCUGCCUGGGUCAGGAAUAUGCCCGGUUUCAUGUGCAUCACACUACAUGGAGUUUCGCCUGGACAUCCCGGGUGGUUUUCUGGUACAUGGGGACGGAUCCGCUCUGUCGCGAUUCCAAUUUCUUUGGGUUUUUUGGAUGGGCUUGAUGAUGUUGGGUUUGGAUCCCAUGCACUUUGGGACCCAUUCUUUCCGGAUGGGGGCGGUGACAGAGGCGUCAUGCCUGGGUUUAAGUGAGAAUCUGGUGAAACGUAUAGGCAGGUGGGAGUCAGUACGGUUUAAGUCCUAUGUACAGCCUGAAUAUUUGGUUUAAUGGACGUGGAUUUAUGGGGUUGUGUUUGGCGUUCUGCCUUGUCACUAAUUACAUUUUCGUUUCCGGUUGGGUGGCCGGGUUGGUAGGCCACUCUUACUGGGCACAGAAGAGGGCCGCAAUUCGGAGACAGGGAGUGCAGCCGGGCUUUCCUCUGGAGUUGGUGAUGCUGGAGUGUUUUGGUUUUCGGGGUUUUGGUUGGCAAGGCAUUAUUGGGGAAAUUUUCUGGAGGGUGGCAAGGGACACUGUUCCGGAGAUAUUGGUAAUCCAGGCUGGUGGUAAUGAUCUGGGCAUGGUCCCAAAAAAGGAAUUGGUCAGAUACUUCAGGAGGGAUGGUGUACAUCUUUCAGAUGUAGGGUGUGACCUAUUUAAUUUGGGCCUUCGGGAGGCCUUAUUCCGGUGUGGUGGGGGGCGCUCAGGAGCUUUAGGUGUUAAGUCCUGAGCUGUGGCGGGGAAUGGCCAGGUUAAAUCGGGGGGGUAGAUGGAGAAGGAAGUGGGCAUCCUGAGGUUUAGUGUGGAUUAGGCAGUGUUACAUGUGGUUGGUAGGUUUGAGUCCGUCGGUGGCUCCGAACCUGGGGGUGUAGUGGUGUCUUGGUACACCCUACACUGGAACUUGUGGGUAGUGGUGUCUUGGUACACCCCUACAAUUGAUCUGGUGGGUAGCGGUGUCUUGGUACACCCCUACAAUCAAUAUGGUGGGUAGAGGUGUCUUGGUACACCCCUACAAUUUAAUCUGGUGGAAAUGUGGUCAUACUGGACGACCAGUUUCUGUGUUAAUAUAUGUUAUUUAGAUUGUUGUCUAUUGUUAUUAUUGUGGGGUCAUUGCAAGGGGUAUGUUAUUUAUAUGGGGGUAUGUUGACUUAAUAAGAUUUGUUGGCAAUUACCCCAUUUGUUAUUCCUUAAUUAAUUAAUUAAUUAAUUAUUAAUAAUGAAUAAUUAAUAAAGCGGUGGACUAUUAUUUCCAACAGAAUAACCUGUAUACAUACAUAAAUCAGGUGGAGCUUCUUAAAAUAGUAGUAUAACAGAUAUUCUGUAAAAUAAAAUAUAGACCAUAGUGCAAUAUAGUAGUAAAAGUUAAAUAAAAUAUGUAUGCAGUAGAUUUUCCACUCACAAGCCUGGAGUCAUAAUCUCAUAUGACUCGGAUGGUGUGUGCCUUUGGACUAUUCCAGGAUGUCCAAAAUCCUUUUUCCAUGCAAGACUCUGCUGGUGGUCACUCCCAGACAAAAACUGUCAGGUCAGCAAUGGGUUUCCACAAAAAAUAUAAUUUUAUUCCAAAUCAAAAUAAAAGAAUUAUAUAAAAAUGAAUAAAAGUUCAAAUAGGGCUAUAUAGUCCUUUAAAGUCCUUAUAGAAUUGCCAAAACGCGUUUCGCCUGAUACCACAGGCUUCCUCAGUCGGCUUUGUGAUCUUCUACUCAGUUUCUCAAAUUUUAAAAAGUCCGCUUUUUUUCCCUCUUCCGGGUUCCGGGUUGUAUCUCUAUGGAACGCAAUUAUGCGUUCCAGUGACGUCACUUCCGGUUUCGUCACUUCCGGAUCCCAUUUUCCGUCGACCUGGAACGCAUUUACUUCUCUUGUAUCACUUCCGCGUUCCGGUCUCGGUCAGUUGGAACGCAUAAUGCGUUCCACUGACGUCAUCUCUCGGCAUCUCUAUUGUUUUUAAAAACGAACUGCACAAUUUUCAACAAGUUUAUGUAUUUAUCAUAAAUAUAUUUGUAUAUUGUUACUGGCACCAUAUUAUGCAUAUAUAUAUGUGUUUUAUUGAAUUCUAUAUGUGCAUUUGAAAUUACUGCUUUGCAUGCUGUAAAAAUAUUAUACUAAGAUAAUUAUUUGCAAAUAUCUUUAGCUUUUGAAAGUGUCUAUGCAAUAUACAAAACAUAUUGUCUGAUAAUGUUUUACAAAGAGAGCAUGAUAUCGAUAUAUGAAAAUAUUCUUCCAUUGUAUAAGUGGUCUAAACUUUAAAGUGGUGAUGUGCCUUAAAGUGCUCUUCUAUAUUUUUAAAGUGCUCUUGUGAUAUUUCAAAAUGAAUGUUCAAAUGAAUACCAUUUCAAAAACUAUAAAAAUCAAAAUACAAUAUCAAAAUAAUGUUCUUCCUUAAAAUAUGAUGGUUAAAACUAUUAUAAUAUAUUGGAAAUCCUCUAUUGUAGACAGGGAUAUUAUAAAAUGUAUAAAAAUGGUUUAUGAAAAAUUAUAAAAAAUAUAUGUGUAUGAAAAUUAAUAAUAUAGGGGAGCUUAGUUCAUGAAAUGGCAUAGUUCAAAAUCUUGGUUUAGACCAUGUGGUGCCAUAGUAUUAAAAUUAAAAAUAAAUUUCAUUUCUUCUAUUCCUAUUUUUUUAAUAUAGUCUCCUCCUCUCCAGUCUUUCUUAACUAAUUUUACUGCACAGAAGAAUAGUCCUUCUGGAUCUUGGUUAUGGAAUAUUUUAAAAUGGUUGGAGACACUAUGUGACUCCAAUCCAUUUUUAAUAUUCCUCGUAUGCUCUGCUAUUCUCGUGUUUAGACAUCUAAUAGUUCUUCCUACAUAAAGGAGAUUACACUGGCACUUCAGGACAUAAAUAACUCCUUUAGAAUAGCAACUUAAGUGGUCUCGAAUUUGGAACUGUUGGUUUAUCCAUGGUUUCAUGUCCGUUAUGUGACGUUUCCUACUUUUAGUAUUUCUGCAUACCAGACACUGGCCACAACCAUAAAAACCUUUACUUUGUUUUAAAAAAAUUUUUUCAACCAAAGUUUGUUUGUUACUACUUUGUACUAAAGUGCUUCUUAGAUUUCUUGCUCCCCUAUAAAUAAUCUUAGGUUUAUCUGGCAAGAUACUUUUUAAAACCGCGUCAUCUUGCAAGAUAUGCCAAUAUCUAUUUAUGAUCUUUUUAACUUUUUUAUGAUUUCCACUAAAAUUACAGACAAACGGAACAUCGUUAUUCCAUUUUUGUUUCCCCUUUUUGUCUUUAUAUAUCAAAAGAUUUUUUCUGGGAAUUGAACGGACCUCUUCUAGAGUUGUCUGUAAAUCUAUUUCUGUAUAGCCUUUUUGUAGAAAUUGGGUCUUUAUUCUCUCUGCCUGUAGUAAAUAGUCCUCAUCAUUCGUGCAGUUGCGCCUAAUUCUUAAAAAUUGUCCUCUAGGUGCAUUUUGUAACCAGGGUGUAUAGUGGCAGCUCUCUUUUUGAAUUUAUCCGUUUGCGUCCACUUCUUUGAAAUGAUUCUUCGUAGUGAUGCAAGUAUUCUUAAUAUUAAUAUCAAGAUCUAGGAAGUUGAUAUUUUCUUCACUUAUCUGUGCUGUUAAAACGAUGUUCCAUUCAUUGUUAUUUAAAAAAGUGAUAAAAAUAUCUAAUUCUGUUCUAGUUCCCGUCCAAAUAAAAAAUAUGUCAUCGAUGAAACGAUGAUAGCACACCAAGUCCGCUCCCCAGGCAUGCCCUCCAUACACAAAAUGUUCUUCCCAAUAUGCCAUAAACAAAUUCGCGUAGCUGGGAGCGAACUUGGUGCCCAUCGUCGUUCCCCGAAUUUGUAAAUAAAAGAUAUCUUGGAACCAAAAAAAAUUAUUGGUUAAAAUCAAGUGGAUCCCUUCUAAAAUAUAUUGAGUUUGUUCUUCUUUAAAACUAUGUUUUCUUAAAAAAUAUUGUACAGCUUCCAAUCCAAUUUUAUGAGGUAUGAUGCUAUAGAGGGAGGUUACGUCACACAUGACUAAAAAAUUACCCUCUUUCCAAGUGGUCUCCUCUAAAAGUUUUAAAAUAUGUAUAGUGUCUUUUAGGUAAGCAGGAUUGCACACUACUAAAGGUUGUAACAAUUUGUCCAAGUAUUCAGAUACCUUAGCUGAAACGGAGUCGAUUCCAGAUAUUAUUGGUCUACCGGGUGGAUUUUUUCUAUCUUUGUGCACCUUCGGUAGAUGGUAAGAAUAACCUGUGUCUGUGUCUUAAUGAGGGUUUGAGUAAGGUUAGUGCAUAUGCCGGCAUUUCUGUGCAUUUUAACCCAUAGAUUUGUACAAGAACAAAUAGUUGAGCUAACACCUAUUUUAACUGGUGACAAGGUGUCUGACAGUCUGAGCACACAGCAUGAAUUACAAUGCUACUGAUGAUUAUCCUAUGAACCGCAUUUUUGUGCCAACGGUGUAAUUGAAUUGCCCUUAUAAGUAUGUCGGUAAUCAAAGAACUGAUAAUCCCAAUUAAUGAGUAACAGUGGAGUAUCAUAGCCUUUGAGUUUUUACUGUAAAAAAAAAAAAAGAUUUUCCCAGUAACAGGCAUUUUUUAAUGUUUUUUUUGUUUUUUUUUAUACAUUACUCUUAGGUUUUCCUCCUCACUGGUAUUUUAAGGUACAGCCUGUAUUUGAGGCUGCCUGGCCGUGCUGGUAUUGCAGUAUUACCGGCAAUACAAAUGCAAAUAUUUUUCUCAGUAUAAACCAGGGGUUCUCAAUGUUAGUCCUCAGGACCCCCUACCAGUCCAGGGUUUAGGGAUUACCUGGGUGUGUCUAAGGUGUUUAGAAAAAAAAAACACCUUAGAGUCUAAGGUGUUUUCUCCCCUUUUUCUAAACACCUGAGACACACCCAGGUAAUCCCCAAAUCCUGGACUGGUAGGGGGUCCUGAGGACUGGGUUGAGAACCCCUGGUAGAAACGGUGAUUACUCUGCAAUACCAGCACCAGCCAGUAGGGGGUCACUGUGUAUGGAGAGAGAAAGGGAUAGGAAUCUACAGCAUAUCCCUCCCUGCCUCUCUCUACUCACUGGUACACAGGGGAACAGCUACACAGUACAGAUAGUUCAGACAGCAGCUCCCAGCCUGCAGAGACAGACUACAGCUCAGGGAAGUGAGGGAUGAGGGGAAAGGCAUCAGGGAGACAUGGGGACACUGAGACACUAGGGGACACUGGAAGACGUGGGGACACUGAGAGACAUGUGGACACAGACACAUGGGGACGCUGUGAGACAUUGGUAGACACAUUGGGACACAUGUCUCCCAGUGUCCCCAUGCCUCCCAGCCAGUGUCCCUAGUGUCUCAGUGUCCCCAUGGCUCCCAGUAUCCCCAUGCUUCCCAGCCAGUGUCCCCAUGGCUCCCAGUAUCCCCAUGGCUCCCAUUGUCCUCAUAUGUCUGUGUCCCCAUGUCUCCCAGUGUCUGUGUCCCCAUGUCUCUAUGUCCCUAGUGUCUGUGACCCUGUUUCUCCCAGUGUCCCCAAAUGUCUGUGUCCCCAUGUCUCUCAGUGUCCCCAUGUCUGUAUCCACAAGUGCCCCUAUGUCUCCCAGUGUCCCCAAGUGUCUCAGUACCCCCAUGUCUCCAAGUGUCUCAGUGUCCCCGUGUCUCUGUGUCCACAUGUAUCCUAGUGACACGGGACACACUGAGACAUGGGGACACUGGGAGAAAUGGGGACACAGACACUGGGAGACUAGGGGACUGGGCAACAUGGGGACACUGAUGCCAGGCUGACCUUCCAAUUCUUUGGACAGACAUACCCCCUUUUUGGGCAUGUUCGCCCCUUCUGGCAGUUCUAGUCAUGUGAUUCGCAUCAGCGGCCUACUCUUUUACCCUACCCAUUGGCUUCCUGCUUCACUGGACACUGCUGUUGGUAUGGAUUUACUUGAAAGAUGAAAGCAUAAAUUAGAUAAAAAGGUUAGCUUAAAGUAUGUGUUAGCUGCAUCCUUUGAGUUUCCCUCCAACACCAACUCCAUCAGAUACAUGAUGCUUGAGAGGUAUGACUGUUUUAGUGUUUUUCGUCGAUAAGAUUCUGUAAUUAGGCCCCAUCAUAAUUGUCAGCACCAGGUCUUACAUUUUUUUACAAUAGGUUUGUGAUUAAAACAUAUUGUAGGGCUAGGGAAAGCUCAGCUCUCACUGGAACACAACUCCAGAGGCUUCAUGAUGUGUUUUGAAGUUCAGAAACAAUCUGAAUACAAAUAUAGCCAGACUGCUAUAGAUUUUCUAUUCAGUUGAUGCCUGAUAGUGACUUAGUUGUAGAAAAGUUGUGUAGAUAUGAUGAUUUAAAUGAACAGGUCGUAUGCUUUUUUAAAGUGUUACAAGAUUGAGGGGGGGCCACCAAUGUUUCCUCUAAUUUUUAGCAGUUGGUAUAGGCAGAAAUAUUUUGUUGUGCAACAUUGUUUCCUGUUACAUAAGUAUAUGUGCACUGAAUGCUUGUGCAAAUGUAAACCUGAAAUUUUUCAAAAUAAUUUUUACAGUGUCUCUCUUAUUGCUGAUAAAAUUACAUUACUAUGUUUAAAUAUAAUACAAAUAUGAUUGAAGGCUAAAUUAUUAUUGCCCACGUGCUCACAUUUCAUAAUGCCCACAUUAAUGGCACAUUGCCCAAAUUCCACAUUGCCUCCAUUUUAUUAUGCCCAUGUGAUCACUCUAAUGCCACUAUCAUUGUCCUUGAUAGUGGUUCAUUCUACGGCCUGACAUAACUUGAUGUGACCUGUAGUGUAGGUCACCAACAAUUUGAGUACCAAAAAUAGGUAUGACUGGUGAGUGGACUCUGACAAGUGUUGGACUCAUCCAUCGAUGCCACAUUGACUUCACUUUACCAGCAUUGCCUCAUGAAUCUGCGCUGUGCUCCCUUACACACACCACAAGGCUCUGUGAUUCUCAGCCCUCUCCUGCUGGAUAUGCUCUCAUGGGAGCAUGGCUGAGAUGCACAGAACCAGUAGUCCAUCUUAGACCUGUCAUAGAAUAUGUUAACAACAUCUACUGUAAUAAACCCUACUACAUGCAUUUCUAUGAAAGUUUGGCAAUGAUUCAUGAGUCGUAAGUCCAGCAAAUCUCUAAAAAAAAAAAAAAAGCAGAAAGCACACAAACAGUUAACAAUCUAUUAGCUUGUAGUAAAAGGAGACAGAUAAUUGGCUAAUUCAGACAGUCAAUCAUAUUAGCUGGGAUGUAAAAUGUGGGAAUAAGAUGUUUCAGUGGUAUUGUUUGAUUGCUCUAUAUUAAUGUAAAUAUAAAAUGACUUUAUAUUACUUUUUUCAGAUUCAGAUAUACGCCUCCCUUAAGGAGCAUUUUUGGAAGAUGAACCUAAUUUAUUGUAGUUGGCCAGGAAUCAUCUCUAGCUGUUUUGGGAUUUUUUAUAUUGAGGUAUUGGAGAGCAAAUCGGUACUGUUUAUGCUAGCGGACUAUAAUACACCAUGUAUUUAUAAUCUAUUUCUCUUUUCCUGCCACUACUGUGCAUAGUAUGUGUAGGUAGAACCCAUAGAAAGAGCAGCCUUUAGAUUUUCCUUUAGGUAGGUACGAAUUCCCAGCAACCCUGUAAGAAUAUCUUCUGUUAUACUUUAACUUCACUUGAAUUGAUACUGGGCAAUGAGCUGCAUCAUAUUUAAGACUAUAACUUAUAUAGAGUAACUAUGAGAGUUUUGCAGUUUUUUGUUAAUUGGUGGCUAAAUAGUUUAUACCUGGAGUAAGUGACACUUUUGUGCUACACUUUCGUUAAAGGGUUACUCCAAUCACCAUUACCACUUCUGCUUUAAGAUGGUUACAGUGGUUGGAAUCUGUACAUGCAGCAAUUCUGCUGGACAUCCAAAUAACUUUACACUUUUGUGCAGGAAGCUAGUUGCACACAUGACAGGUAGUCUAAAACCUUUUCCAAACUGCCUAAUGUCAAUCCAGAAAAAAGAGAGAAAGCUGCAGGUAGCUACUAGUGUGUAUAGAAGCUAUCUUAAGGACAGAUUAGAGGGGGUAAAACCCUUCACAAAAAUUUAAAUAUAGAAAAAGAGAGAACAUAAUCUGUCCUGGUUAGAUAAGAUCCUUAAUAAACUUGACACAGAAAAUCUAACGUUUAAUAGAUAUUCUUAAAAAAAGAGAGCACGGGAAUACAGGGGGUUGGAGGAAUAUAUACAGGGGAUAGAAGUAUAUACAGAAAGGAUUGCUCAAAGUAAUAGGUACCUUUUCUAGGAAGGUGAAGAGGAGAAUAAUCAAUAGUGAAUUCUCCAAAAUGUAACCAUAAAUUAAUCAGUUGUGUGAACUGCAGAUCAGGCAAAUAGUUACUUUUCAAUAAAGUCAGUGACUUGAGAAAAGUAACUAUCUGAAAGUAUAUAUAUAUAUAUAUAUAUAUAUACAUAUAUAUAUAUAUAUAUAUGAAACAAUAGUAGGAAAGGUAAAUAGGUAAAUAGGGAAGACAUAUUUGAUAAAGCCUCUUUGCAGGAGAAACGCGUUAGUGUUUUUAAAGCUGUUUUAUGUUACUGAUUUUUUUUUUCUCCAAUAAGGAUAGCCCAUUUAUGCUAUUGGAGCCUCCAAGCCUAUCCUUUUAUUUUAUUUUAUUUAAAAAAAAAAAAAAUUAUUCCUUUCAACUCUCUCCAACACCCCCACUGAAGGACUCGAGGAGUAAUAUCUUUUGUGGGAAUCAUACCACCUAUGCCUACAUAUAUUGAGCAAUAUCCCAUUUGCUCUUCCAUUGUGAGUAUACCUCCAUCUUUUAUCAUUUUAUUCUGUAUCAUCCAGAGAGCACUAUUUUAUGUUUCUAUCCUCUUUUUUAUAUAUCAACAACUAUUCGAAUACCGGCCCACUGCUAUUGGAAAGUUGAUAUACCCUACUACCUCCGGAGACACCCUUUUGAGAACAUUCAAGGACCAUCUACAUAUCCACAGACGGGGAUUAUACCGUCCAGGCGCACAUAUCUGGAGCUGAGUAUAAGCUCCAGAAAAUUGUAAGUGCGAUUCCUUUCCCUUCAUUUACUAUCACUUAAGAUUCUUACAUACUACAUUAUAUCCGUGUCUUUUUCCUUCCCUCCUCUAUAUCGCUCUGAGUGUGGGAAUUCCAUCACAGGCACUGCUCCCUGAUCCUACUAUUUACACCCGUCGUACCACCAGAAAAGAAGAGACUCUGGUUUUUGGGAAGUUUCAGCAGCCACAUACUAUAAUUAAAAGUACUGAUAUUCCACCUACCCCUCUAUUCAUAAGACAAAGUAGGGACUACUUUGUUUUACGUAUUUUUUCUACUCUCGACCUUCUUUGACCCAAGAAAGAGUUUAACUUCGCUUCAUUUCCUGUGGUGAAAGAAAAUUUCCCACAAUACGCACCCUCCGUGAUCUCAUGUUGCUUCAUUUGCUAUUCAAACGUCCUGUUAGUUAGACAGGGCGUCUGCAAAUUUACCCAAUUUCGCCCUAACAGAAUGAGUACAGUUUGUCCAUUUGUGUUAGGACAAAAUUUGUGCAUUUUAUUCAGUUCAAAAAUGUCAUUUAAACGAAUGAAAUUCUGAUCGGAUUCAUACUGUGGCUGCACGUUAUUAGGGAGCUAUCUACUAAAAGGCUUAAAGCCAACUUUACUAAAACUAAGUAAAAAUUACUUACUAUUAGUAAAUAAGAUAAGACCUUCUACCCCUACUCUCUAUGCUGUGAUUAGGGGCAUGUCUACUAAACAGUGAGCAGCCUGUGAAUAAAAGCAGGAGGGUAUUUAGCGCUUGUCCAGUGCUGGUACAGUCCAAAGGGCAGCUAGGUCACCAAAUCCAGUGUCUUGUCCUGUAGAGAAGCAGAUAAAAACAGAGAGAAACACUUUUGAGAAAGCCAUAGUAUGAUGUAUUUAAAUAUUGUUUUAUAUAGUUCUUUUACCCUAUUUUUUUUUAUCAUUUAUUGUUUUUUUAUCAAUAAAAUUACUUUUUUAUUGGACCUGUUUGCUGCUGGAUUCCUGUACUCCAUAUCCUUGGUGGGGAUAAUACCACCUAAGCUUGUUGUACAGAGCAAUAUUGAGUCUGGCAUAUUGCACUAUAUAUCUCUUAUUUCUCCUACAUAUCUGCAAGAGAAGCUGUAUCCACAAGAACCUCCUAUAGAGUCUGUAUUCCACCAUAUCCUCAGGCGGGAAUUAUUCCGCCCAAGCGGAGCUGCACCUAAGCUCCUAUAAAGUGUGAGUGCAUAUCAUUUUAUUUACCCUCACCUUACUGUAUUUUUUAUGUAUUUCACUAUGUUUCCUAUUUCUCCUCCUUUUUAUGGUUAUAUAUACACACCCCAAGGACAUUCCAGGCGCUGCACCUCCCUCUCUGUUUUUAGCAAGCAGCCACAGGCUGUUGAAAGGAAAAAAACAACCCCUGCCACUCCAAUAAAGUGCCCCAUGUUGUGGGCAGAUGACAUGUCCCACAGGGCCUUCAUCUGCCCACACAAAGAUGGCAGCGCCCAGGACCUAUAUCCAGGCAUAAAAAAAAGAUUUCAUUUAAAAGGUAAAAUGGGGGGCCUAGGGGAAUUUGGAGGUUACUAGAGGCACAAUAAAAUGCAUUGAAGUUGGGAAGGGGGAUUAAAAAAAAUGCAUGCAACCAUGACAGUGACGCUUUAAGGAUUAGCUUCCCAAAAACUAGCUUAAGCCAGAUCAAGCUUUUGUGUUUUUUGCUUAGUCCACAUCGGACACAUCGGACAUCAUUGUGUGAUUUUGGUUACUAACCUUUUUUUUUGUAAAGUAGCCUUAUUUUUGUCUGGACGAACUCCCCUAGGUGUUUGUUAGCAAAGUGUGUCUGUGGCGGUCCCUGCCUUGAUUCUAUGAGCUACCAAAGCCCUUUUUAUCCCUUUUUUGAUGGGAUUAUUUUAUAGGAUCUUGCUGGCCCCAAAAUGUUUAUAUUGAUAUUAACAAAUAUUACACCUCUGCUCAUCUUGGGCAGGGCUCAUUAUUGAGUUUUAAAGAUUCAUAUAAUGGUAAUAUCAGGACAAGAGGUUUUAAGUGGGAAGUUGAUAUUCUUAAUCUCCUUAAAAUAGCAUGGGUGGCGUGGAAGUAUAGGCGGUAACCAUGAGUAUGGCGUGGGUUUUGGCAACCACCCUUUACUAGAUCUGCAGAUGAUUGUAUAAUAAGGGCAUGCUUAUCACAUGUCAUUGUAACCACAAAAAAAAUCCUAAAGACAUUCAUUAACAGCAUGAAUUUUGUAUCAGCAAAAUUGGGAUGCAACAGACCACAGCUCAGUUGCAGUGACUCAGCAAGCUACAACGUGACAGCGACGUGAGAACCUGAAUGGAAUUUUGUGCUUCAUUGCACUGCUAGCAGUAUGUGUUCUGAGCACUAGAGAGCAAAUCAAACGUUUGUUAAAUCAUCUAUCAGGUCAGAAAGUAAGUGCACCAUGAACCCUGUCUCCUUUUUGUAUGGGGGUUGCUUUUUUAUAUGUAAAACAGUGUUUUGUACAUUACAUAAUUUUAAAAAAUGUAACGUGAAGCAAACAGUGUGCUAAAACCUUGGAGUGCAUGUACAAACAUGCUUAACUUUCAGUUUGCCUCAUGGAAUAGUGAUUAUGUCUUGUACCAGACACUUCAUGUGUGCUUUGUUUGUUCACAAAUGAGCUUUAGGCAUUAAGAAACUAAAAAUAGAUGUUUGCCUGUUCCAGCUGGCAAACCCAUGGGAAUAAUGCAUGAGCCUGACUAAACAGUAUACGUGUUGAAAGAAAUAUAAAGGUAUAAUGAGCAAAUCUACAUUUAUGCUGUAAAUAUUUAACAAUAACAUAAUUUGCCUGAUUUAUGCUAUAUGCUGAAGUUGAUUCAAUAGGUCAUAUAUACUGCUUAUUGGCUUUUCAGAAAGAGAUUAUUAUUAUUAUUAUGGUAUUUAUAUAGCGCCAUCAAAUUCCGCAGCGCUUUACAAUGGGUGGACGAACAGAUAUGUAGUUGUAACCAGACAAGUUGGACACACAUGAAUAGAGGGGUUGAGGGCCCUGCUCAAUGAGCUUACAUGCUAGAGGGAGUGGGGUAAAAUUACACAAACAGGUAAGGAUAGUAUUAGACUAGUGACAGUUGCAGAAGAGGAAUCAGUCAGGAGCUAUUAACAGUUUAAUUGUUACGCUUUUAUGAAGAAGUGGGUUUUUAACGAUUUUUUGAAGGAGUGGAGACUGGGUGAGCAUCUAACGGAGGAUGGAAGCGAGUUCCACAGGAACGGUGCAGCCCUCGAGAAAUCUUGAAGGCGAGCAUCAAAGGUGGGAGUACGGUCAGAAGAUAGACGUAAGUCUUCAGCAGAUCGUAAGGGCCUAGACGGGACAUACUUGUGUGUAAGGGAGGAUAGAUAGGUGGGAGCAGCAUUAUGUAGAGAUUUGAAAGCAAGAACCAGAAUUUUAAAUUGAGCUCUAUAUUUUAUAGGAAGCCAAUGUAGGGACUGACAGAAGGGUGAGGCAUGGGAGGUGCGGGCAGACAGGAAGAUGAGCCUCGCUGCCGCAUUCAUUAUGGACUGUAACAGCACAAGUUGGGAGCACGUAAGACCACUGAGAAGUGGAUUACAGUAGUCAAGGCGAGAAAGGACAGUGGAAUGGACCGACACCUUAGUCACAUCUAGUGUUAAGUAGGGGCGGAUGCGCGCAAUGUUUUUGAGAUGGAAAUGACAGGAUUUGGCAAUAGAUUGAACAUGAGGCUUGAAGGAGAGGUCGGAGUCAAAGAGCACACCUAGGCAGCGAGCCUGUGUGGUGGAGCUGAUGGUAGCACCAUUGACUUGGAGGGAGACAGACACAGGAGUAACAACAGUUGAGGGAGGAAAGACCAGAAUUUAAAUUUUGGUCAAGUUUAGUUUAAGGAAGUGGGCAGCCAUCCAGUUAGAAAUAGCAGAGGGGCACUCAGAGACACUAGUCAAGAGGGACAGGGAGAGAUCAGGAGAGGACAGGUAAAUUUGCGUGUCAUCUGCGAGCAAUGAUAUUGGAAGCCAAAGGAGCUAAUGAGUUUACCAACGGAGGCAGUAUAGAUGGAGAACCAAGGACUGAACCUUGGGGGACACCAACAGAGAGGAGUUGGGGAGAAGAAGCAGAGCCAGAGAAAGAAACACUGAAAGAACGAUGGGAGAGGUAGGAGGAGCAAAGGAGAGAGCAAUAUCUUGUAGACCAAUAUUGCGGAGGAUGAGAAGAAGCUGUUGAUGAUCAACAAUGUAAAAAGCCACAGACAGGUCAAGGAGAAUUAGGAUAGAGUAGUGACCACGAGAUUUUGCAGCGAGUAGAUCAUUGGAUACUUUGGUCAGUGCUGUUUCCACAAAGUGCUUAGCGCAGAAACCAGACUGAAGUGGGUCUAGCAGAGAGUUGGACUUGAGGAAGUCUGUCAAUCUCGCAUACACAAUUCUUUCAAGGAUCUUGGAUGCAAAAGGCAGUAGCGAGAUAGGAUGAUAGUUGGAUGGGGAGUUAGGGUCAAGAUUGGGCUUCUUUAGAAUUGGGGUUACAGUUGCAUGUUUGAAGGGCGAUGGAAAUAUGCCAGAGGAGAGAGAGAGAUUGAGAAUUUAGUGAAAGUUGGAGAAAGAGAAGAAGACAUAGUACGGAUGAGAUGCGAGGGAAUUGGAUCUAGGGAGCAGGUGGUGGGGCGGGAGGACUGGAGCAGAGCAGAAACCUCUUCCAAUGUAGCGGGUGCGAAUGAACAUAGAGUCGCAGAGGGAGUGAAGUUAGGGAAAGUAUUGUAAGGGGAAGAAGAAAGAUGAGAGUUCUCUUCUCUGAUUGUAGAAAUCUUGUCAGUGAAGUGAGUUGCAAAGUCUGAGGUGGUCAAGUUAGUAGGUGGAGGAGUAACAGCAGGGCGAAGAAGAGAGUUAAAUGUGUGAAAUAGUCCUUUGGGUUCACGGUAGAGUGUGGUUAUGAGGAUAUUGAAGUAAUUAACUUUUGCAGAGGAAAUAGUAAAGCUGUAUGAGCUCAGCAUAAAUUUAUAGUGGAGAAAGUCAGAUUCACAGUGAGACUUUCUCCAACAGCGUUCAGCAGUUCUGGAGCAUUUUUGGAGGUAUCGAGUGAGCUUGGUGUGCCAGGGUUGUUGUUGGGGGCGCCUGUGGCGUUUAAAUAUUCAAGGUGCCAUGAUGUCUAGUUGAGAGGAGAGAGCAUAAUUAGAUCCAAGUGUCAUGAAAAUGGGCAUAAAUGUCACCAAAAGCCUUGGCAGAUUUCAUUAAAUGGCGGUCAUAAAUAAGUAAGAAUGAUGAUGUGAUAUUUGUAUCCCAAUCAUCCUUUACAUCAGGCAUAGUCAACCUUUGCCACUCCAGAUGUUGUAGACUACAUCUCCCCUGAUGGUUUGCUAGCAUUUUGGCUGUAAGAGGAUUAUGGGAGAUGCAGUCCACCACAUCUGAAGGUUCCCUACCCCAGCUCUACAUACAUACUCACUACAUGCAUGGCCUAAAUCUGUCCAACUCUUGUCUGGCCAGUCUGGCUUCUCCAGUAGUGAUGCAAAUUAACCCCUUACAAAACACUCCAAAAUUCGACCUGUCUACACUGAAGCUGUAGUAUGCUGUGUAAGUGUAGAAACAAAUAAACUUUCUUUUCUAUCUUCAGGAUUUUUGCAGGCUUGCAGAGCACUAAUGAUUGCUGCUGUAUGCCUGGGAUUUUUUGGGUCUAUAUGUGGAUUUAUCGGCAUGAAAUGCACAAAGAUUGGAGGAAGUGACCAAACAAAAGCUAAAAUUGCUUGCUUAGCUGGUCUCUUGUUCAUAUUUUCAGGUGAGUGUUCUAACCGGUAACAGCUACUAGAUAAACUAGAAUUAUAAGAAAAUGGAUUUAAAUGAAUGACUGAAAUCAAUGAAAUUUUAGCACUUCUCAGACCGUGCAUUCAGGAAUCCAGCUGUAGCCGUGAGUCAUAAGUUUAUUUCCUGCUGCUGAGGACGUAUGAGCAUGUGUUUCCCUGUUAUAUUUUAAAUUCACUUGCUUGAUCACGAUCUAUCUGCCCUACUGAAAACCCAUUGUAUGUGCCAACCACUCUAUAAGAAACAAACAUGUAUUCCUAAUACUAUAUUGUUCUCCUCUCUGUUUAGAUUCAGACUCCCCCCCAAAUUAUUUUUUUUUUAAAGGGAAAAAAAGGUCUUUAGCUUUCUUUUUCCCCAGGGUCGCGACUCACUCUGUACAGCCUCCUGCUCCUCCUCCGGCAUUGCUGCAUUAUUUUCUUGUCCAAUCCAGUGCUUCACCUAGAGGAGCAUUGAGGACAAAAAGUACAUGUGCAGUUUUCCAAUUGAAUGCCUUCUAUAAGAACCAUUCAGAGAAAGUGAUGUGUGAAAACCAAGUUUGACUCGGCUCUCACAGUAAUAAUGGUGGAUAUCAGGAAGGCAGUCAAGAGGAGUGUUCAGCCCUUGAAUGGAAAUAUUGCUGUAUAUAUUAAACAGCAAUGUUUUACAGGGCAGGGCUGAAAUAGAGGCACUGCCGUUCUUAACUUUUUAUCGGGAACCAAGGACCUACAUGUGGUUUUACACUUAUAGUAUCAGGAAUACAUGUUUGUAUUCUGGAAAAUAUAGUGCUCCUUUAAACAUUUCCUGCUUUGAUGUCUCAUUGUGUCAUCCAAAACAUUUUCAACAAUUUAGUAACUUUCAGUAUUUUGUGAUACAUUUUUUCAUGCGCAAAUUAUGAUUUUUAGUAGUACUUUAAGUUAAUUCUAACUUACUAACAUCCUUCUAAAGUAUUUGCAGAGUUGGGCUUCUCAUUUCUGACCAGUGAAAGAAUAACAGCGUUUCUUUACAUUACAGCAAUAUCUGAACCAAACGAUGGGCAACGGCCAGAACUAAAUGUAUCUGUUCCAUGCAAAUCGGUCCAAACUCUCUAGAAUUGUAUAUAAAUCUUAGGUGGUGACCUUACACGCAACAUCAGUGAUAUUAAUUCUUCCUUUUACAAUUUACACUGUGUUAUAUAAGACACAUAUUACAAGUCAUUGAAGAUGUCAUGAGUGCCUUAAAGGGGAACUGUCACUGCCCGAUAUUUUUAUAAUUAUGUUUAUUUAUCCUCUAAUGUAACAAAUAUGGAUUUAUGAAGCAUGGAAAAUAAAACAAAAUGUAGGAAUUCACACCUCUUUAUGUUGAAACUGGUGCCUUUGUUUUUUGUUUUGUUUUUACCAGUUGUUUUAUUUUCUUUUAAAUUUAUAUUAAUGAUAUAGCAAGUGACAUCAUAAUCCAGUUCACACAAGCCAAAAUAUUGAAUAAAUGAAAAUAAAUAGCUCUCUGUCAGUGUUUGUUAUAAGCUUUAUUCUUUCCUCUUGGCAGUUAGCAUUAGGAAUGCAUUCAUAGAAAGUGCGAAAUGAAACAAUAUUUAUUUUCAUUUUUUAUUUAUUCAAUAUUUGCCCGGGCUUUGGUUUGUGUGAACUGGAUUAUGAUGUCAUUUGCUACAUCAUUAAUAUAAAUUUAAAAAAAAUAAAAAAUAAAAAACUGGUAAAAAAAAAAAGUUAACAGAAGUUUUUAUUCCAUUUUUAUUCAAUGGUAUGACACUUGCUCUAUAAAAGCAUAACUGAACUUUGACUAUUAUAACAAAAUGACCAAAGGCAGGUAAUGGGUGGUUGGUUGGAUAGAUGGAUGAAUACAUGAAUGAAUUAAUGAAUGAUGUGUAUCACAAGUGAGCACUUUCACUGUUUGACAAUUGACAGAUCUUCUGAGCUGGCAUUGGAUUUCUCAUACAGGAUCAUGAUUGCUACAAUGCAAAGAAUGACAUUUAAAAAAAAAAAACACAAGUCAAUUAUGACCAGCUUUUGCAUUACAAAUGUUGGAAGGAUGAUACCAGCAAGAAUCCAAUUUCCAUUUAUGAACAGGGAGAUGCUGUUAUUUCAAGCUUCAUUUUCAGAUCCCUCAGACAUGUAAUACAUUUGUUUCAACCUACUAUUUUGCAGGUUUGUGCUCCUUAACUGCUUGUUCAAUUUAUGCUCAUAAAACCACCAGUGAAUUCUUUGAUCCAUCCAUACCACAAAAGUGAGUGUCCUCUUCUUAUCAUAAUAUUACAAUUAUACAAACUACAUAGUAAUCUUACCCUUACCUAAACAUAUACCUUAUAAAUCUUUAAGAAGGCAUAUGCUGGCUUCAACAAUUUAUUCAAUAAACGCCACAUUGCAGCAAAUUAAAAGGACAAAAUCUAAACAGCAUAUAGAAUGAUUAGCCUCAACAUUAAAACCUCCUGCUUGAUAUCAUGUAGGUCCUCCUCGUGCUGCCAAAACGGCUCGAGCCAUGGACUUUACAAAACCUCUGAAUGAGUUCUGUGGUUUCUGGCACCAAGACAUUAGCAGCAGAUCCUUUAAGUCCUGAACAAUGUUUGCGGUGUAGCAGGGUGCAUUAUACUCUUGAAGGCCACUGCCAUCAGGGAACAUCAUCGCCAUGAAGGUGUGUACGUGGUCUGCAACAAUCUUUACAUAAAUGGUAUAUGUCAAAGUAACUAACAUCCACAUGAAUGCCAGGACCUAGGGUUUCCAAGCAGAACAUUGCCUAGAGCAGGGGUAAGCAACCUUUUAGCAGCACUGUGCCGAUAUAGGAUUCUGAUGUCCUGUAGCGUGCCGGUCCUAUUUAAAAAAAAAUUAAAAAUUUAAUUGACGGGUGUAUGCUGCCGUAUUCUGCUUGUGUUAUUUAUACUGUAAUUGCUUUGUAUCGUUGUAUUUGUGCGUAUAUGAGCUAUUAUAUUGUAUAUGUUCAUGAGUAGAUUGUGGUAUCGUGUAUGAUACAUAUGAAUGUGGGCUGUGUAUGGGGGCAGCUUGUGGAAUUGUGUGUGUGGAUGGAUAUGUCACAUUGUGUGUUUAGUAGUGUGUGAAUGUGUGGGGGCUGUUUGGGGUAUUGCAUGUGAGAGGCUGCAUAUGGGGUUGUGUGCAUGUAUGUGGAUUGUUAGUGGUGUUGUGUUUGUGUGGAUUUUGUGUACGUUUGUGUGUGGGCUGUCCAUAUUAUUUGUAUGAGGGGAGGGUCUUUCUGCAUUUCUGUGUAUAUCUAGCAGUGUGGGUGGCUUCCCUGGGUUCCAGUGGGGACCAUGUUGGCCAGGUACAGGUAAAGGACAGGAGCUGCAACAACAACUGUGAGCUGCUCUACUACUGUGUGGAUUACCAUUCACAAGUGCUGGAAUGAAGUGCUCUGAGAUCACUUCCUCUACGUGCUGCAAUGCAUAAAUUGAGGAUUUUCCUUCACCACCUCUUCGUAUUAGCAGAUAUCUGAAGUUUUACUGGGACUCCUGAUAGGCCAGAGCCUGUUUGGCUCUAGCAGCCUUGAGUGCCAUGCAUGGCACUAGUGCCGUAGGUUGCCUACCCCUGGCCUAGAGCAUAACACUGCCUUCCCCGGCCUGCCUUCUUCCCAUAGCUCAUCCUGCUGCCAUCUCUUCCCCAGGUAAAAGACGCACAUGCACCCAUCCAUCUACGUAACCUAAAAGAAAAUGUGAUUCAUCACACCAGGCAACCUUAAGCGGCACUGUCAUGCCGAACUUACCUUUCCUCAAUCGCUUCCUCUUCUCUCCCUCUCUGGGGAUCUGUUCUUCUUUUCUUCCCAUCUAAUCUAUUUUUCUUUAAAACAUAAGACAAAGUAGGAUCUUAUGUAUAUUUCCAACGCCUGACCAGCUCUCACCUACUUUCUGUGGGUCAGAGAAAUUGUCCCACAAUACUCAUCCUAUCCUCCUUCAUCUCGCGAUGCCUGCUUUCAGUAUUCCCGAAAGUCCUGUCAUUUAGACAGAAUGCUGGUGAAACUACCGAAUUUCGUUCUAACAGAAUAAGAACAGUUUGUUCAUUCAUGUUAGGAUGAUAUUCUUAUUGUAAUUUAGGUCCCCCACCUGCCGCUCAUUGGUGGGGGCUGGGGCAGCACUAGGUCCCCCCCCCUUAUUGUCAUUUAGGGCCCCCACCCGCAGCUCAUGGGUGGGGGCCAACGGGGACCCUAUUUCUGCUGUUUAGUUGAAUAGCGCGAGUAGGGGCAUUCAGGAGAUUUUUUUAGUGAGGGAGUUCAUGGGGGGCUCAGGAAGUGGCGGGGAGCACAGCUCCCCACCACUUCUAUUUCUACAUAUUACAAGGAGGGAGCUGCGAGCCGGUAGCUCCCUCCUUGUAAUAAGUUUAACGAACAAACUAACACCGUCAUUCGGGGGUUUGUUUAUUCGUCUGACAGUUCUAUUCAUUAAUUCGGCUUUCUGACGAAUGAAUAGAUGAAAUUCCCGUCACAAUUUCAGACAAUAUCGAAUGCCCCAGUGUUUAACUGGGCAUGCAUAGGAAUUUCACAGCGCUAUCUAGUAUGGUUAGAUUACGUGUCCCACAGGGCUUUCAUCUACCCACACAGAGAUCCAGGCACAAAAUUAAGAUUGAAAAGAGGUAAUACGGGGUGCCUAGGGGUUUUUGGGGGUGACUAUGGGGGAAAUUAGAUGUAUUGGAGUCAGGAGGGGGGUUGGGGAGAAGAAGCAGAGCCAGAGAAAGAAACACUGAAAGAGCGCUGGGAGAGGUAGCAGGAGCACCAGGAGAGAGCAAUAUCUUGUGAACCGAUAUUGCGGAGGAUAGGCAUGUGCAUGGGGAAAAUUUUCGGUUAGGUUCGGCAUUCCAAAAUUCGGGACUUUGGCAUUUCAUCACUUCGGCAACUACAGCACUUCGACACUUUGGAAUUUCGGAACUUCGGCAUUUCGGAAUUUUGGGACUUCAGCACUUCGGGACUUCUCUUGCAGCCGCUUAGUAGAUAACUCCCUAAUUCCCACAGUAUUAGGGAGUUAUCUACCAAAAGGCUGAAAGACCUAAAUUGGUCUUUCAGCCAAAUUUACUCGCUAUACCGCGAGUAGGGGCAUGUAUAUUAAACAGUGAGCAGUCUCUGGCAGCGGGUGGGGGCCCUAAAGUAAAAUGAUGGGGGGGGGACCUAUUGUCCUCCCUCCUGGCCCCCACCCCUGAGCGGAGUGUGGGGGCCCUAAAUACUAAUAAGGGGGACCUAAUGUCCUCCAUGGGCCCCACUCCUGAGCGGUGGGUGAGGGCCAUAAAUUAGAAUAAGGGGGGGGGCCUAAUGUCCUCCCCCUGGCCCCCAACCCUGAGUGGUUGGUGGGGGCCCUAAAUAAAAAAUUAACCCCCCUCCCCCAGGAUACUAGGGGUCCCCAAAACCCUAGUCACUCCCCUCCCCCAAAAAACUAACCCCUACCUACCCCCUCACUCUAAAAAUAAUGAGGGGGGGGACCAUUAAUUAAGUACCUGUAAAAAAAAUUAAAAAAAACUUACCAUUUGAUGUUUUCUUUCUUCUAAAAUCUUCUUUUUUCAGCCCCAAAAAAAGGCCAAAUAAAAAAUCCAUAAUAACCGACGCACUUAAAAAAAAAUAUAUACUAAUAAGGGGGUGGGACCUAAUGUCCUCCCCCCUGGCUCCCACCCCUGAACGGUGGGUGGGGGCCCUAAAUUAGAAUGGGGGGGGAACCUAAUGUCCUCCACCUUGGCCCCCACCCCUGAGCGGCGGCUGGGGGCCCUAAAUAAAAAAUUAACCCCCCUCCCCCAGGUCACUAGGGGUCCCCAAACCCCUAGUCACUCCUCCCCCAAAAAACUAACCCCUACCAACCCCCCUCACCCCAAAUAAUGAGGGGGGACCAUAAACUAAGUACCUGUAAAAAAAACUUACCAUUUGAUGUUUUCUUUCUUCUAAAAUCUUAUUUUUUCAGCCCCAAAAAAGACCAAAUAAAAAAUCCAUAAUAACCGACGCACUUAAAAAAAAAAAAAAUACUAAUAAGGGGGUGGACCUAAUGUCCUCCCCCUGGCUCCCACCCCUGAAUGGCGGGUGGGGGCCCUAAAUUAGAAUGGGGGGGGACCUAAGGUCCUCCCCCUGGCCCCCACCCCUGAGCGGUGGGUGGGGACCCUAAAUACUAAUAAGGGGGGGACCUAAUGUCAUCCCCCUGGCCUCCACCCCUGAGCGGUGGGUGGAGGCCCUAAAUUAGAAUAGGGGGGGACCUAAUUUGACUAAUGUUACUUUCAAGCCACCAAUCAGAGAGUUAUGAGUCAAAUUACACAGCGUGGGAAAAUUCCAAAGAACUUUCCCACGCUGUGUAAAAUUACACAGAGCACUCUGAUUGGUGGAUUUCAAGCCAACCAAUCAGAGUGCUGUGACAGGUAAAUGUAGAGACUUACCUGUCAGUCUCUUCAUUUACCUGUCAGAGCAAUCUGAUUGGAUGGCUUAAACCCACCAAUCAGAGUGCUCUGAGCCUAAUUGCAGGGCGGGGCAAGGCUUUAUAAGCCUUCCCCCACCCUGCAGAGCUCAGUCUGCGCGGAGCCCUCCAUGGGUGAAGAUGGAUUUUUUUUUUUUUUUAAUGCCUCGGUUAUUAUGGAUUUUUUAUUUGGGCUUUUUUGGGGCUGAAAAGAGAAGAUUUUAGGAGAAAGAAAACUUCAAAUGGUAAGUUUUGUUUUUUUUACAGGUUCUUAUUUAAUAGUCCCCCCUCAUUAUUUUUAGGGUGAGGGGGGUAGGUAGGGGCUUGUUUUUUGGGGUAGGGGGUGACUAGGGGUUUGGGGACACCUAGUCACCUGGGAUGGGGGGGUUAUUUUUUUUAUUUAUUCUAAUUUAGGGCCCCCACCCAACGUGCAGGGGUGGGGGCCAGGGGGGAGGACAUUAGGUCCCCCCUAAUUGGUAUUUAGGGCCCCCACCCACCGCUCAGGGGUGGGGGCCAGGGUGAGGACAUUAGGUCCCCCUUAUUAUAAUUUAGGGCCCCCACCCACCGCUCAGGUGUGGGGGCUGGGUGGGGGCACAGGCUGCUUACUGUUUAAUAGACAUGCCCCUACUUGCGGUAUAGCAAGUAGGGGCAUAAUUUACUAAUACUAAGUAAUCUUUACUUAGUAUUAGUAAAUUUGGCUGAAAGACCAAUUUAGAUCUUUCAGCCUUUUAGUAGAUAGCUCCCUAAUACCGUGGGAAUUAGGGAGUUAUCUACUUAUUCAUUCCUGUCAUUACGUUGACUGGCUAAGUAACUUACAUUUUAUAUGAAUGUAUGUUACUUGAUUGUUGUAAGUGUUACAAAUGCUUUCAGCUGAAUCCUGGCUACGUUUGUAUACUUUUUAUUUAAAAUUGUAUAGAGUGUAACUUUCUUCAUUCUUCCACUGGGUAAGUAUAUUAGUUCUUAGGCAAUACUGUGGUUCGGAACUUCGGCUUUUCGGAAAUUCGGUAAUUUCGGAACUUCGGUACUUCGACAAUUCAGCAAUUCAUCUAUUCAGACAUUCGGAAGUACCCGAAUGUCCGAAUUUCCCGAAAUUCGUCCGAAUUCACAUUCGGACCGAAACAAAUUGCACAUGUCUAGCGGAGGAUGAGAAGAAGCUGUUGAUGAUCAACAGUGUCAAAAGCCGCAGACAGGUCAAGGAGAAGUAGAUCAUUGGAUACUUUGGUCAUUGCCUUUCCACAGAGUGCUUAGCAUGGAAACCAGACUGAAGCGGGUUUAGCAGAGAGUUGGACUCGAGGAAGUCUGUCAAUCUUGCAUACACAAUUCUUUCAAGGAUCUUGGAUGCAAAAGGCAGUAGCGAGAUAGGACGGUAGUUGGAUGGGGAGUUAGGGUCAAGGUUGGGCUUCUUUAGAAUUGGGGUUACAGUUGCAUUUUUGAAGGGCGAUGGAAAUAUACCAGAGGAGAGAGAGAGAUUGAGAAUUUUAGUGAGAGGUGGAGAAAGGGAAGAAGACAGAGUACGGAUGAGAUGCGAGGGAAUUGGAUCUAGGGAGCAGGUGGUUGGGCGGGAGGACAGGAGCAGAGCAGAAACCCAUUCAUACACACAAACUGCCUAAUACCUACAUUCAUACACACAUACUGCCUAAUAUAUACAUUGUACAUUGAAUACAUAAUUUAUCAUUGUGAUAAAUUAUGUAUUCAAUGCAUUUGGUGAAUUUAUAAUGUAAUUUAUAAUAAGACUAGCAUAGACGAGCACAAACACUGACAGAUACACAUACUGACAGACACACUCACUGACAGACACACACUAACAGACAUACACACACACACACACAAACUCACUGACAGACACACACUGACAGAUACACAGUCACACACUCACUUACAGACACAUACUCAGUCAAUGACAGACAUCACAGAGGGCGCACGAGGGAGGAGUGGGAAGCUGAAAGAAAAUCUGCAUUUAUCGGCAGAACAGGCACCUGCCAUCAGGACCGGUGCAAGGAUUUUUAGCUACACAGGCAAAGAUGCAUUUUGAUGCCCCCCACCCCUCCUUAAAAACAAUGCAUCUUUACCUGUGUGUCUCUUUGUAACCCCCCUUUUGAAUUUCUUACCCUUUUUGUGCUCUAGUGUAUUUUAUUCCCCCUUUAGUGUGUAUUACAACCCUUUUUGUAUGUAUCUUACUUCUCCCAGCCCAUUUGUGUGUCUCUUACCUCCAGCCCCUUUCUGUGUCUCAUUCUUACCCUAGCCCCUUUCUGUGUCUCAUUCCUACCCUUGCCCCUUUCUGUGUCUCAUUCUUACCCCAGCCCCUUUCUUUGUCUCCUUCUCCACCACAGUUCAUAUGUGUGGCUCUAUUUCCCCUCAGUUCAUUUUUUGUGUCCCUCCCCUCCAGAUCCCUUUGUGUGUCUUUCCUCACAAGCCACAGGAACACAGGAAUCGCUUUUCAGGCACACAGUCAAAGUCAUACAGGUACACUGUCAUACAAACACAGAAAUAAUCAUACAGAGACAUACAGACAUACAGUCAGAGACAUAAAUACAUCCAGACAAAGAAAUACAGACAGUCACACAGAGACAUACAGGCAUACAUACAUGAAUACAGAGACAUACAUGAAUACAGAGACAUACAGGCAUAUAGAGACAUACAGGCAUACAGAGACAUACAGGCAUACCAAGACAUACAUACAUACAGGCAUACAGAAACAUGCAUACAAAGAUAUACAGGCAAACAGAGACAUACAGACACAUACAUAUGUACAUACAGAGACAUAAAGCCAUACAGUUACAUACAUGCAUAGACAUACAUACAUGCAUGCAUACAGAGACAAACAUACAUACAUGCAUACAGAGAUAUACAUACAUACAUACAUGCAUGCACACAGAGCCAUACAUACAUACAUGCAUGCAGAGACAUGCAUACAGUGACACACAUACAUACAUGCAUACAUACAUACAGAGACAUACAUACAUAUAUACUUACACAGACAUUCACAAAUACAUACUUACAACUAUUCAACCUGGUCCCUGGGGUACAUGCUGUCCGGGUCUGUGGAGUCCUGUCUUGCAGCCCAGCACAAUCACUGGGCGCCAGCCCAGCUGUGUGGUACACAGGAAGCAGGGAUAUGAUGUCAUUCAUAUCCCCACCCCCUCCACACAGCCUGCCGACACCAGGGUAGGAGACUGGGCAGGCGGUAAAAUGCUGGGCUCCGUGUAGGUAAGACCUGGGCUGAAUUAACCGGCAGGAAGGGGAGCGCAGUUAGCUUACAUCCUGCCAGUCAGCCUGACAUUGCACCACCAGGGCCAGUGUGCCCUAAGGUCGCUGUCUGAUGGUAGCGCCGGUCCUGCCUGUCAUCAUGGUAAGCAGGUGCCUGCUCUGCCAUACUGAAGAAGCAUAGCUUCGGGGGUACCCUGAGGUAGCCAGAUGGCCACCUCCUGGGCCCCCUGUGACAGGGCUCCUAUGGGCACCCACACCUUUGAGCGCUUAGAGGAUUGGCCACCUUUGGGCGCCUAGAGGAUUGGGGUAGGUGGGGGCUCAAGAGGCGCUCGCCCAGCGCUGUGGCCCAAGACAGGGGCAGGCCACCAGGAAACAUCCCGGUGGGUGCCCCCAGUAGGCCGGCGCCCUAGGUGAAUGCCUAGUUUGCCUAACGGAACAAUGAUAAGAGAGAGUUGCUGAAGCACUCUCUGCGUGGUUCUGGUGCCUGUUUACAGCAUGAGAGCGUCUAAUGAUGCACUUGCACUAUGGUGCCAGAGGACAUUUGGAAAUCGGUACUGUUGGGAGGCCUGCAUUUGGUUGUUAGUGAAUAGAUUAAAGCACAGAAGAAUUUUAACAACCACAUGCAGGAGAACUGAGCUGAUUGCAAACAGACACAGUUGUGGAAGCAAAUUCUGCAUUUAGAGAAUAGACUCUCAAAAAUUAAGCCCUGUGCUCAAACUCAAACUACAAUUUGGCAGCAGUAAUGGCUAUAGUGUUCAGCAAAUACAUAGAACAAAAAAAUAUCCCUAUACAUUUACAUUUAGGAGAUCGGAAGAUCUCGAAGAGAGCCAGUGCUGAGCGUAAACAAAAGUGGGUAAAUAAGAGGGAAACAACAGCAGAAAUAUAUAGAAGACAAGGGUUCCCAAAAAUGUGAUUUUGAGAGAAUUAGGAAAGUAAAGAUGAAAGUGAUAAUAAAAUAGUGUCCACCGCAUUGAAAGCAGCAGAAACAUCUAGCAGGAUUCAUAAAUAGUAGUGAUACUGGCAUUUUGCGUGAAUUACCGUAAAUCAGUGUUGAUUAUUAAUUAAGUAAAGUGUGGAUAGUGGAAACCAGAUUGGAAAGGGUUAAGUACUGAGAUGGAUUUCAAGAAGUUAGUUAUCUAACUUUUCAGACAUUCAUGGAACUUAGAGGUGAAAGGUAGCUGAGCGGGGAAUUUGAAUAAACCCUUUCACUACCAAGUAAUGUGCCAAACAAUUACCACCAGCAACUUGGGGAGAGGGUUGUCCUAUUAAAAAUAUUGAGCGCCAGGAGUAAAGAGAGUUAGAAAUCAACAGAUUGUGAACAGAUUAAGCCUUUACUUGCAGAUUGAACAGAUAUUUGAGAGUGCUCCUCAUACAGAGGUAAUGAAGGAGGGGAAACAUACUGGGCACUAAUGAGAAUGACAAGCUUUCUUAGGACACAAGGAGUGGGAAAGGACAAUGGGCUUCAGGAAAUGCCACCAGCUCUCAGCAUCAAGAUGAGAGACCACAAGAAAAAAUGAGAGUGGAUUUUUAUCAGCAAUAUGUUGGCUGAGAGUGUAGGAGGGAGGAGAGAAAUAAUUAAAUGUAGGACUUGGAAUGAGCGAUGGGAGGAGAAUAAGAGGGAGCAAUUUAUCAGCUGUGUGCGGAGUAUGGCAGAAAGGUGACUGGAUUAGGGCAUUUAGAUGAAGGGGUUAAUCAUGGGAGGCUAAGAGUAAGAUAGAGUCACAGGACCUGCACUUUUGGAUAAGGCAGGAGGCAAUACAAAAGCCGGUAGUUGUAUCAGAUUGUAAGGGAGGGAGAACAGCAGAAAGUUGUAAGGAACAAGAUAGCAGCCGCCUCGCCUUAAAUGAACCUAGUGUGCACCUAGCAAUAAGGAAUUAUGGGAUGUGGGCAGUCUAUCCACGCCAGUGUGCAAUGCUGUGUGGCGAUAAAGCAAUAUUUAGGUAAAUACUAAUGUAACGGAUCGCCUGGCACCCCGACUGGGUACCUCCGUUGAAGGAUGCUCCUAGCGCUUCCUGAGGACUCCAAGCACUGCAGCAGACACCAAAACCACUGAACCGUAGGAGCAUAUGAAUGCUCUCAAGCAUUUGAAUGCUGUAGACAGUUGAAUAGGAACCAUACGAAUAGGUUUACUCUCCUAGCAGUCAAACUGGAACAGCAUACAAUGAAUCCUUCCCCCAAUAAUGAGACGACACUUCACUUUGAGGGUUAAACAGGAACUCCCUGUACUGUCACAUACAGUCUCUUUUAUUUCCAAUCCACAAACAUAGUACAGCCCACAGGGCGUUACAAAACAACCAAUCAAUCCGUACAAUACACCCAGACACUCCCACACAAACUCCUCCCCUCUGCCUGUGAUAUGAUUACUGAACACAAUGGGUAAUCUCAUUAUCACCGGCAGAAGAAUACAGUUUUUACACAAUAUUUAUAACUUCUAAAAUAUACAUGUCACAAACAUAAAACAUACAUUUUCAUAAUCAAUCCAUUCAGGGGAACAACAUAUUAAAAAUGGCACGAAUCAGACCAGGGGUUCAAAAGUUAAGGGAAAGUCCUUUGUGACUAAAUGAAGCAUGGCUUUCCUGCCCAAACCAGUUUCAGAGUCUUCUAUCCUGGAGAUUGAAUUGAGAAGUAAUUCAAUUAUCUCCCAGGACAGACACAAGACUCCAUUAUGCACAUGGUGAGCACAAAGCAUUAAAAUAUUAUAAAAUACACAAAGUCACAUUUUAUACAUAAAACACAGACAUGUCACAUAUCCCCAGAUAGCUGGGAUCUGAGCGCACAAAACUACCGAAUAGCGCUCAGAUCCUAUUCACACAGUUCAACUGCCAUGGAGCCGAAGUCUUUAACUACACGAAUGGGCUCCAUGGCAUAGCUAUCUGGGUUAAUAACUUCACAUAAAGUCUGGUCCAUAGUCCAAAGGCAAGAGGCGGGCAAGCAGCCCCCUCCAAGGACACGUGGCGAGGCUGGUUUUGCCAUAUUUCUCCCCUUUACCAUCCAGACUAACAGGGUAUCUGACCUCCUGCCGGUCAGUGCCCUGGUUAGUCCAGCAACCCACCCACGAAGCACAAACAGCAAUACAGCCCACCCACAAUAACUGGUUACUACACCUGGAUAAAAUAGCAACUUGUCCAUGUCCAGGUGCCUCACCACGGCUAUGCGGGGGGCUGGUAGACUGCCUUGGUGGGUUGCUGAGUGGGCAGAGACCAGCGGUACUCUGCCCGGGUGCCAGCGCUACCACUGAAGUAGCCUGGUUGGAGCCUGGUUGUGGGAGGGGAAGACCGACUGUCUCCCCUCUGGAUACACUGCUCUGUGAUGGGGAACAGGACCGACCGUCCCUACCCCUGGUGCUGCAAGUGCAGAGACUACAGUCCCAUCUGCAUAGUUGUGGGGCUGAACAUCUCCCCUUGGUUGGUUAGGCUGCCGCUGGAGAGAGGGUGUAACAAGCUCCUCUCUCUGAACUGUAGACUGCCGCUGGGGAGAGGGGGUAACCUGCUCCUCUCCCUGACACUCUCUUUGCUGGUGGAGAGGGGGACCAACUGUCUCCCCUUUCAAUAUUUUGUCCUGCGGCUGGGGUGCGAGACAGACGGUCUCUGCUUCCUCGGGUACACACUGCCGCUGGGGAGGAAGGACGGCACCUUCAGCUCCCUGGGGUACACACUGGCUCCCUGGGAUACACACUGGCUGGGGAGGAAGGACGGCACCUUCAGCUCCCUGGGGUACACACUGCCGCUGGGGAGGAAGGACGACACCUUCAGCUCCCUGGGAUACACACUGCAGCUGGGGAGGAAGGACGGCACCUUCAGCUCCCUGGGAUACACACUGCCGCUGGGGAGGAAGGACGACACCUUUGGCUCCCUGGGACUCACACUGCCGCUGGGGAGGAAGGACGACACCUUCAGCUCCCUGGGGUACACACUGCCGCUGGGGAGGAAGGACGACACCUUCAGCUCCCUGGGAUACACACUGCCGCUGGGGAGGAAGGACAGCACCUUCUGCUCCCUGGGAUACACACUGCCGCUGGGGAGGAAGGACGGCACCUUCAGCUCCCUGGGAUACACACUGCCGCUGGGGAGGAAGGACAGCACCUUCAGCUCCCUGGGGCACACACUGCCGCUGGGGAGGAAGGACGACACCUUCAGCUCCCUGGGAUACACACUGCCGCUGGGGAGGAAGGACGGCACCUUCAGCUUCCUGGGACAUACACUGCCGCUGGGGAGGAAGGACAACACCUUUGGCUCCCUGGGACUCACACUGCCGCUGGGGAGGAAGGACGACACCUUCUGCUCCCUGAGGUACACACUGCCGCUGGGUAGGAAGGACGACACCUUUGGCUCCCUGGGACUCCUUUUUGGCCAAAUCUACUAGAGAUUGCAGGUAUUCUCCUACUAGUUUCCUGGCAAGCUGCACGGCUCUCUUUGGGGGGUUGGGUCCAAAGGUAGACAGCACCUCAUUAACCUCUCUGUCAAACUCCUCCUGAGUGUAGUCAUACGUCAUGCUUUCUCUGCUGAAGUUAGUUCUUUUGUAGAUAGGGUCGCUGUACGGGUACUAGCGUUGCCCUCAAUUUGUAAAUCCAUGAACUGUGUCUCCGAGCUGCUUUACCUCGCACUAGGACGCCAUCCCACCGCUGCCACCAAUGUAACGGAUCGCCUGGCACCCCGACUGGGUACCUCCGUUGAAAGAUGCUCCUAGCGCUUCCUGAGGACUCCAAGCACUGCAGCAGACACCACAAUCACCGAACCAGUAGGAGCAUAUGAAUGCUCUCAAGCAUUUGAAUGCUGUAGACAGUUGAAUAGGAACCAUACGAAUAGGUUUACUCUCCUAGCAGUCAAACUGGAACAGCAUACAAUAAAUCCUUCCCCCAAUAAUGAGACGACACUUCACUUUGAGGGUUAAAACAGGAACUCCCUGUACUGUCACAUACAGUCUCUUUUAUUUCCAAUCCACAAACAUAGUACAGCCCACAGGACGUUACAAAACAACCAAUCAAUCCGUACAAUACACCCAGACACUCCCACACAAACUCCUCCCCUCUGCCUGUGAUAUGAUUACUGAACACAAUGGGUAAUCUCAUUAUCACCGGCAGAGGAAUACAGUUUUUACACAAUAUUUAUAACUUCUAAAAUAUACAUGUCACAAACAUAAAACAUACAUUUUCAGAAUCAAUCCAUUCAGGGGAACAACAUAUUAAAAAAUGGCACGAGUCAGACCAGGGGUUCAAAAGUUAAGGGAAAGUCCUUUGUGGCUAAAUGAAGCAUGGCUUUCCGGCCCAAACCAGUUUCAGAGUCUUCUAUCCUGGAGAUUGAAUUGAGAAGUAAUUCAAUUAUCUCCCAGGACAGACACAAGACUCCAUUAUGCACAUGGUGAGCACAAAGCAUUAAAAUAUUAUAAAAUACACAAAGUCACAUUUUAUACAUAAAACACAGACAUGUCACAUAUCCCCAGAUAGCUGGGAUCUGAGCGCACAAAACUACCGAAUAGCGCUCAGAUCCUAUUCACACAGUUCAAUUGCCAUGGAGCGAAGUCUUUAACUACACGAAUGGGCUCCAUGGCAUAGCUAUCUGGGUUAACACAUUCACAUAAAGUCUGGUCCAUAGUCCAAAGGCAAGAGGCGGGCAAGUAGCCCCCUCCAAGGACAUGUGGCGAGGCCGGUUUCGCCAAAACUAACAUGGGUGUAGGAAGGGGAGGGGAGAAUGAAUCUGAAAUCUAGUGCAACCGUUAAGAUCAUAUGUUUCAGUAUUUAAGAAAGAUAAGAAAAAUAUCCUGUUAAAUGAGCUGGUUAUCUCAUCCUAAUAAUGUGCUUCCUAGUGAUAAUAUAGAAUUUAGCCUACAGAACACAGUGUGUUUUAAUAAGCGCCCCCUGCGUGGUUUAUUAUGGAAGGCUGUCCCCCCAGAUUUUCUUUGGUUCCUAUUGGAUGAUCACAAGCAUAGCAUAGACUGACUCUUUACCUACCUGAAUGUAAAUGUGUCGUCCAUGCAAUGCACAGAUAACAGGAUCACUUUAAAGGACCACUAUAGUGCCAGGAAAACAAACUCGUUUUCCUGGCACUAUAGUGCCCUGAGAGUGCCCCCACCCUCAGGGUCACACUCCCAUGGCGCUGAAGGGGGAGGAAGAGCCGCAUGCGCAUUCAGCCAGUCCAUAGGAAAGCAUUCUCAAGUGAGAAGCGCGGAAGUGCCUCUAGUGGCUGUCAAUGAGACAGCCACUAGAGGCUGGAUUAACCCAUUUGUAAACAUAGCAGUUUCUCUGAAACCGCUAUAUUUACAGCAGGCAGGGUUAACCCUAGCUGGACCUGGCACCCAGACCACUUCAAUGAGCUGAAGUGGUCAGGAUGCCUAUAGUGGUCCUUUAAGGAAAAUUCAAAACAUUCAAUAAUAAACACAAGUUUGAUGUGCAUUCUGAUUAUUAUAAAUGUUUAUUUGAUCAUUUUAAAUAACAGGUUUAUAUCAAUGGUAAAUGUGCAGACUGCCACGGAUGUCAUCAAUCAUCACAGAAAGUGAUAUGGUAUGUGGUACCUUCGCCCCACAGGCAGCCUGGAGCUCAGAAUUGCUAGUUCUAUGCUGUUCUCCCUGCCCAGUCUGCUCUGUGUGCUAUAUCUGAAAGCUGCUGAGACUCGCGGAGCAGACUGCACAGGGAGAGCAAUACAAAGUGGUAGGGAGGAAGGGGUGGUAGAGAGCUUCUGGUUUCACCCUCUGUUGGAUGCAGAUCGGGACUGUUGCAGCAGAUUACCAUGCCACGGCUCUGAUACUAUGAGUCCAGAGCUCACAAGAACCAUUAAACUUUUAAUAAUAAUAAUAUAUUUAUUACAGUAAUAAAAAAAAUUGAAAUGUUGCAAAAAUUAAAGCCCUAUCCCACCCCUCCAACACAAACAGCUCCUAUUAAACACUACAUCCCCUGCACGCAAACACACAUUGCCUCCUGCACACACACAAUGCAUCCCCUGCAUAUACUUUUAACAUUACAUUUAGUGAUAUAUGGGAAUUAUGGUUUGCUGUUAACAUUAGUACAAAAACAUUUACCACAUAGGAUGAUAACAACCCUAGUGACAUCACUGCCUAUAGAAUAAUAGGGAUAAAGUGAAUUGGGAAGAGUGGUGUAUGAUUAAUCAAGAUGUUCCAAAGCAGGCUUGUGAGCAAUUGACCUCUAAUGUAUAUCCUCCUGCAGGUACGAGUUAGGUCCUGCACUCUUUAUGGGAUGGGCAGGAGCAGCAGUUUGCUUGAUUGGUGGCUCCAUCUUUUGCGCUACGAUUAUUGCUGGAAGCAAUCUCCAUUCCAGGUAAAUAUUGGAAAUGCUAACAACUUCACCACCAAUAAUAUCUGUUUCUUUAAAUCUUAAUUUUUUUUAAAAAACACUCUGAGUUAUUUGAUCAGUAUGUAUAAAGGUCACAAAUAUGACACACAGAUUUAUGCAGAACAUGCACACACAAAUGAACAAAACGUAAAUGCCCGCUGCCUAAUCUGGCAUAAAAAUGCACACAAAUCUAAAAAAUAUAGCAUUCUUAAAACGUUACUUUCAUAUGAUUAUUUAUUGUAAUCAUUUCAGUUUAUCUAAAAACUUUCAUGAUGACCUUCAUUCAUUGUUCUGGUGAAACUUUUUAGAUAAACUGGAGCAUAGACAAUGAAAGUUAAAUAAAAAAUAAAAUGAAGUCUUAAUUUGUGCUAAUUGUUUAGUUAUAUAAUAUGCUCUCACACAUAUGGACACCUUUUUCUGCUUUUAUAUAUACAUAUAUAUACACUGAUCAGCCACAACAUUAAAACAACUGACAGGUGAAGUGAAUAACAUUGAUUUUAUUGUUACAAUGAUACCUGCCAUGGGGUGUGAUAUAUUAAUUAGGCAGAAAGUGAACAGUCAGUUCUUGAAUUUUAUGUGUGGGAAGCAGGAAAAAUGGGCAAGUGAAAAGAUCCGAGUGACUUGACAAGUGUUAAAUAGUGAUAGCUAGACAACUGGGUCAGAGUAUCUUCAAAAUGUCCUUUGGGGGGGCGGAGCCUAGCAACGGACCGGAGCGGACGCACAUUGCCGGAGCUCCAAGGUACCGCACGGCAAUCCAGCAACAUCGGAGGCAUCCCGCAUAAAUCACGGCCACACAUUCAGCCACAGACCGCAGGGAACCCCACUGCGACCGCCGAUGCCGUUUCUCCUGAUGCCCGGCUCGAAAAAUACACACCGAGGCGGCAAGGGGCGGGGAGGCAGCCUCAACCCAGCACGGGAGAACACUGGUCCUGGAGUGUCCCAGACUUUGAGGACUGGUACCCCAGCACACACAGCUCAGGUGAGAUGGGGCGCAGAACGCAGAAACCGCCCCAAAAUACCCCGAAACCGCAGCGCGACAUAGGCCAAAUGUUACAGGCCCCAAGCGCAGUGAAGGCACAAACCCCCCGUGAAACAUCCCCGGUACCAUCAGAGGAGGGAGAACCGCUAGACAGCCCACACCUUAGUCCCCAACACCCCACACACACGUGGAUGCCAGAAGCCAGCGCACCGGCCUCAAAACAAGAUAUACAGGCCUGACAGGCCUGCAACAGAACCUAAGACAAAUGUGGGAACCGGACCUGGCAGUGCUUAAACUGGACAUGCACGCUGUGUCCACGCGCACUCAGGCAGUAGAAGAGGAGGUAAAGGGACUAAGAGAGAACUACCAGGAACUGAGGAAGAAGGUGCGACACCUCCAAGCUGCACAAGCGACAAUGACCAGGCAAGUUACCCUCCUAGAUGACAGAGGGCACCGAAAAAACAUAAAAAUCCGAGGGGUACCUGAAUCAAUACCGCUGGAAGAGUUGCCACACUUCACCAGACGCCUUGUGGCCACACUCCUGCCGACUAGACAAUCCAAAACGUUCCAGUUCGAUGGGGUUUACAGGAUAGCCAAAUCCCCACAAGCACCCAACUCAGCCCCACGGGACAUAAUAUUGAGAUGCCAAUCAAUGUUGGACAAACUGGGGCUAAUGGCAGCUAUACAAUGGAAGACACCUCUUGACUUUGAAGACAGCAAACUCUCUUUCUUUCAGGGCUUGAGCAGGGCCACACUGAUAUGGCGCAAAAGUAUGCAACCAAUCACCAAACAACUCCAAGCCGCAGGAGUUGCCUAUAGAUGGGCAACACCAGGAACUCUCUGGAUCACUAAAGAUGACAAGCACUACAGGGCCACUGACCACACAGAGGGCCCAGCACUGAUGACCGCACUGGGAAUAUCGAACCUCGCAGCGACCUCAGCGACACAGCCAGAUCAUUGACCAGGGACAACGAGCGCAGAUUCAUCCGCAACCCCUGGAACAAGCAGAGGCCCGAAAACCAAAACCUGAACGAACUGCCUCACCGACGGCCUCAUAGGCCUUAGUCUAACUAGUUUAAAUAUUUUAAGUUAAUAAGAGUGUUCAUUAAGUUAUAUGUAGUUCUCUCACACUCUGACGGCCAUUACAGUGCUACAACGACCCACCAGAGCCAAGCACACCAGUUCCGAUAACAACCCCCCCCCCGGGGUUAAAGGGAAAACCAACAUCACGGGCGACAUAGUAACCCUGACUGGAAUCAAACUCACCGCAAGGUCUGAUACCCCUAGCCUAAAGCCCCAAGGGCACAACUUGAUCCUGUCACACUACAGCGACUUAUAUAUAUACCUAGACACAAAACUUAUAGUUACUACACUGACCAGGAACCACCCGCAGCUACCACUAGGGACAAAAAUACACCUUUCGACACCUAGAGCACCACACACAUGGGUACCCACCAAUAACUACAAUCAGGGACAAAAAGAGGAGCGGACCUAGUCCUAGAAAGGGCACACAUAGAGAGACCCCGCAACCACCGCAACUCUCUUCCUGGCCACACUCGGAAGGCCCAAGAGACACACCCAACACCCAUAACUUAUAGUCGCACGAUCUGGAAUUGGGAACAGCCACUGGACCUAGCUGUAACUGCCUUCCACCCACGACUCCACAGAAAUUAGGGUGUCUUAGGGAGACAGAAGUCUUCCACCCCCGCAGUUAUUAGAUUUCAAAACCUCACUAUAACAAUGUGACCUAUUGUAAAUAUAAAAUGUGUGUGACUAGCACACAACAAUGCCUUGUAUUUAAUAUGCACUGAUUCUAAUCGUUGUGUCGAGGCUGUUGUGGCCAAAUUCAUGAAUCUGUUACCUUUCCACACGAAAAAUAAAGAAUUUUAAAAAAAAAUGUCCUUUGGGGUGUUCCCAGUAUGCAGUGGUUAGUACCUACCACAAGUGGUGCAAGGAAGGACAACCAUUGUCAGAGUCAUGGGUGCCCAAAACUCAUUAAUGCACGUGAAGAGCGAAGGCUAGCCCGUCUGGUCCAAUCAGAAGAGCUACUGUAGCUCAAAUUGUUGAAAAACCUAAUUCUGGCCAUGAUAGAAAGGUGUCAGCAGUUUGCUGUGUAUGGGGCUGUGUGGCCACAGACCGGUCAGAGUGUCCAUGAUGACCCCUGUCCAUCAUCAAAAGCACCUUCCAUGAGGACGUGAGCGUUAGAACUAGACCAUGGAGAACGCAGCAGUAUGCACAAUGGGAAGAAGGUAGGCCUGCAGAGGCAGUGUUAUGUUCUGGGGAAUGUUCUGCUGGGUCCUGGCAUUCAUGUGGAUGUUAAUUUGACACAUACUUAGAGAAUAUUGCAGACCAUGAACACCCUUUCAUAGUAAUGGCGUUCCCUGAUGGCAGUGGCCUUUUUCAACAGGAUAAUGUACCCUGCCACACUGUAAAAAUAGUACAGGAAUGUUUUGAGGAACAUGACAAAGAAUUCAAGGUGUUGCCUUGAUCUUCAAAUUUCCCAGAUUGCAAUCCAAUUGAGCAUAUGCUUUGAACAACAAAUCUGAUUCAUGGAGGGCCCAUCUCGCAACUUGAAUGACACAUUUAGAGGUCUUGAGCUGUUUUGGCAACACGAGGGGAGAGGGACCAACACAAUAUUAGCCAGGUGGUUUUAAUGUUGUGGCUGAUAAAUGUAGGCCAUAUAUAUAUAUAUAUAGAGAGAGAGAGAGAGAGAGAGAGAGAGAGAGAGAGAGAGAGAGACCCAAAUGGGUCGAAACGUUGUUUUUUUUAAUAUAAAUACCUUUUGGAAUAAAUCUGCUUUUUUUUUUACUUUACAAGUCCUGAGAGUGCAUCUCUUUACUUGUGUAUAUAUAUAUAUAUUCUAUCAGGGCUUAAAAUGUUUAUAUAUAUAUAUCUAUAUCAGGGCUUAAAAUUUGAAGACGUAUGCUACUACCCAGGCCUUGAAAGAUAUUCACGACUGUAAGCCCUAUUAUACUCACCAGAGGUGAAGUUCUACUUGUCAGGGCUAUAUUUUCACUAGCAAGUGUCUAGUGAAGAGUGGAAAUGUUGAGAUCUGUAUAUAUUACUAUUGUGCAUCAGCUGCAUAUGUCAGUUUGGACUUUUUAAAGUCCCACUUGGGCACAGAAAUCCGAGAAAACAUGUUUCAACAACUAUCACAGAGUUUCCAGUUUGACAUGCAAAUGAGCAUGGAUAGAUUUAACCCUGCAUUUCUGACGACAACCUUAGCAAUGGAUACUGUUUUAAACACAGCUUAUUUGAAAUCAUAGCAUGGGUUGUGAUCCAAAAGGACCAGUGACUAGAAACCAGCCAUGGACUGUGAAGUUUCAACCUUUAAGGUUUCAUUAGCAUGGCUUUAGAUCUGGUCUGGAAACUGAAGUCUCUCUUAGGUCACCUGAGAGAGUAUAGCUAGGUGGCAAAGAAAUAUUGUGGUGAGGCCAAACAAUAAAAAUCUCCACAGUGCAAAUAGAAAAUCACUGUUGUGAAUCACUUGCAUAUCACAAGUUUGGGCACAGAAACAUACCCCAUGCUAUCACAGUUAUGACAAUGGGUGUGUGUUUCCACAUGGGAAUUAUUCCAUUGGGUCAGUCAAGUGCAUGAAAACAUUGAUACUGCUGGCCAUCAGCCCAUGCACAAGCACACACACAGUGCUGACUAACAAAGGCCGUGCACAGCUCGUGGCUGCUGCCUUAAUCCUGCAUUAGUGUGCUAACAGACAUCCCAGGCAUCUCCAGCUACUUUAAUCUACAGACACAUGAUAGACUGGAGCCCACAACCUCUGUAUGCUAGUAGUCCACUUAUAUCUCUUUCCAGAGUGUUAUCUGUAUACCCGAGGUUCAUCUGCUGCAUUAUAACAGCAUUGCUCAAUGGUUUCUUUCCACCUGUCAGUCAGUUGUGGAAGAAUGACAACUAAACCGCAACACAAAAAAAAUAAAGAAGAAGAAGCUGGAAUGAUGGAUGUUUCUAGUCAGUUCUCCCAAAUUGCUUACUUAGGCCUACUUUCUGCUGGUUAUAGCCUAUGUACACGUGUCUUAAAAUGUGAAUUAUUAACAUGUCUAUUAAGUUAAUGGUGGUCUCUCUUUAGAAGUAUUGUGAUAAAAAUGUAAUAUAAUUAUCUCUAGGCAAGAUAUUCAUAGAUCAUAGAAUCUACGCUCACAAUGCCAUGUACAUUAACUAAAUACUGCAAUUAUAACUUCAUCACAAUAUUCUCUCUGCAGACCAAACUACUCGCAUGCAGGAUUAACCAUGAUGACUUCAAGACCAGAAAAACCUCCUGCAUACCAGAAGUCCACGUUUAGGUCUUCAAACGAAUUUAACAAAACCGCAUACGUGUGAACUAUUUUAGUCAAUGUGCACCUCCUGUUUUCUCAUCAAAUACUUGGAAUUUGGAUUUUUCUUUGUACAGAUCUACAUGAUAUGUUGAUAUAUUAAGAUUACAAAUGUUGCCUAGAAAUAAAUAAUUGUAUUAUGUUUACAACUGUAAGCUACUAGAUCCAGUAUGGUUUGCACUACAGGAUAACCCCAAUAUCUUCUUGGAGAGAAAAAAAAAUAUCCUGGUCCAAUGUAGCAGGGAGGAUAUAAUUGAAACAUAAUUUUUAUUAAAGUCCAUUUUACAACAAAA